CUAUAUGAAAAAGAAAAAAAACGAUAACACAACGAGAACAGGAGGAGCAAACCAAAGUAAAAAAGAGACAAAAGUUUUACAUUUUUUCGUGUCAGAGACGGUCUGAAGUGAAUACAUCAUAUCAGGAGGGAAGUUUUCUGAAGAUAAUCUUAUUCGUGAUAGAGCUAUAUAACAAAGGGGUCAAACAUGUCUACGGACCACCACACGAUGGGGGAAAAGCAUGAGAAGCAUGCGGUUCUAAUUGCCAUGGACGGAAGUGAAAACGCAGACUACGCCUUCCAAUGGUACAUGGAGCACCUCCAUAAACCGAGCCACUACGUGGUAAUAUUACACGUGCCUGAGAGACAUGCAUUCAUGGUCGGACCGCUAGGCGGCACAGGGGACGUUACGGCAAUCACAGGGGACGUUACGGCAAUCACACUUAUGAUGAGAGAAGAGGAGGAGAAGGAGAAAGCGCUGUUGGAACGGCUGGCUAAGAAACUUAAGGACGGUGGGAUUGGAGGUAAAGUGAAAAGCGUUGCGGGCAGGCCAGGAGAGGUGAUAGUGACGGUAGCAGACGAAGAGAAGGCGCUGUUUGUCAUCUGCGGGUCACGUGGUAAGGGCACUUUACGACGCACGUUUUUAGGUUCCAUAAGCGACUACGUUCUUCACCACUCACACGCACCCGUGUUGAUAUGCAAACACAAGGGAUUUCAAAAGGAUCUUGGGACGGAAUCGCCGUCACUGAAGCAUCGCAUCAUGAACUCACCACUGUUUAAGAGAAAGAACAAGGACUCGCCAAAGAUGGAGAAAAAGAAUACAGAGUCCGAGUCCAAGGAAUGAAAUUGAGACUUUGGUGCAUUUGAAUGAUUCUUAUUAUUAUCCCGAUUGUCUCCACGCGCAGUUACACAUAACAUUACACGUAAUUUAAUACAUUGAAAUGCUACAUUUCAUGCACAUUUGCAUGCAUGGGAAUGUUCAAUAUUUACCUGUCGAUAAGCCACCUAUAUUUUAAAGUUUUACAAAAGGCGAACAUAUGUAAUUGUUAGU